AUGGAACUCGAUUAUAAGAAUCUAACCUCAAAAUGGACUAAGCUAGCUACUUUAGAAUACUUAAAAGGUUUAAAAAACAUCAAGGAAAGACACGCUAAACAACCACAAACAAUUAGCAACAUCAAUGAAGAAUAUAGAAAAUUCAAAAGAAGAAUAGCAAGAGCAUACUUCAUCAGCAUCAAAUCAUUACCAAAUAUCAACAGUUUAGAAUAUUUUCUUUAA